GCUCCGCACUCAGAGCUCAGCCCCGCCUGCCGGGUUCCUGCUCUGCCAUGACCUCCAAACAAACCAAAAAGAAAGAGGUGCAUCGGAUCAACUCGGCGCACGGAUCGGAUAAGUCUAAAGAGCUGUACACUUUUGGCAGCAAUGUACUAUCUAGUUCUAGUGAACAAAAGAAGGGGAAAUUCCCGAUCUGGCCAGAAUGGAGUGAAAUUGAUGUCAAUGCAGAAAAGUGGGAUGCAGGCAAAGGUGGAAAGGAAAAAGAUAAGACAGGCAAAAGCCCUGUACUGCAUUUUUUUGAAGACCCUGAAGGAAAGAUUGAAUUACCACCAUCAUUGAAAAUUUAUUCUUGGAAACGUCCACAAGAUUUUAUAGUGAGUCGGGCUCCAGUAGUUGUGAAAAAUGAAAUCACAUUUGACUUGUUUUCAGCAAAUGAGCAUUUGCUCUGCAGUGAGCUGAUGAGGUGGAUUAUCAGUGAAAUCUAUGCAGUGUGGAAGAUAUUCAAUGGAGGGCUUUUGAGCAAUUAUUUUAAAGGAACUCCAGGAGAACCUCCUCUUCUCCUAUGGAAACCCUGGGAACACAUAUACUCCCUAUGCAAGGCUGUGAAGGGUCAUAUGCCUUUGUUCAAUAGCUAUGGAAAGUAUGUUGUGAGACUAUACUGGAUGGGUUGCUGGAGAAAGAUAACUAUUGAUGAUAUUAUGCCUUUUGAUGAAGACAAUAAUCUAUUGCUUCCAGCUUCAACCUGUGAAUUUGAACUUUGGCCAAUGCUGUUGUCUAAAGCCAUCAUCAAGCUGGCAAAUGUUGACAUCCAUAUAGCUCAGAGGCGAGAACUGGGAGAGUUCACAGUUAUUCACGCGCUCACAGGGUGGCUACCGGAAGUCAUUUCUCUUCAUCCAGGGUAUGUGGACAAAGUUUGGGAUCUCUUGAAAGAAAUAUUGCCUGAGUUUAAGCUGCCAGAAGAGCUUGGCUCUGAAAGCAAAAUAGCAGAGAUAGAAAACAAACCAAAAGAACAAGGGAAAGAGACAAAAGAUGGCAAAGAAGUCAAAGAUGGGAAGGAAGUGAAAGACUCGAAAGAAUCCAAAACUGAUGGUUCCUUGACGGCUCUCAAACCUUCUGAGAAAAGUGACAAGGUUCCAAAGGAGAAAACAGAUGCGAAAGAUCUUGGGAAGAAAAAAAAUAAAGAUGGAGAAAAGGAAAAGGAAAAAUUCAAAUUUUCAAUUCAUGGCUCAAGACCCUCAUCAGAUGUACAGUAUUCCAUGCAGUCCCUCUCCGAUUGUUCUUCAGGAAUUCAGUCCCCUCACAUGGCUGUUUAUGCUACCUUUACGCCUCUCUAUUUGUUUGAAAACAAGAUUUUUUCGUUAGAGAAGAUGGCAGAUUCUGCUGAGAAACUUAGAGAAUAUGGACUCUCCCAUAUCUGUAGCCAUCCUGUGCUGGUGACGCGAAGCAGGUCAUGUCCCCUUCUAGCACCACCCAAACCACCUCCUGUACCCCGCUGGAAGCUCAUCCGCCAACAAAAAGAGACUGUCAUAACAGAUGAAGCUCAAGAAACAGUAAUUAAGAAGCCUGAACAGUUUCUUGAGAUUUCAAGUCCAUUUUUGAAUUAUAGAAUGACUCCAUUUACAAUUCCAACAGAAACGCAUUACGUACAAUCUCUUAUUAAGAAAGGGGUAACUCCAGGAUCUGGUUUAUCUUCUCUCAUGGAAAGUGAUGAAACUUCAAGCUUCAGCCAGCCAGAUCUGAAUCAAGUAAUGGGAAUGCUGACCCAGGGUAAUACUUCAUCACAAAUUAUACUUGGGAAAGAUGAACAAAUAGACCCUGGAUUGAGUGAUGCCCAUCAAAUGGAUGGUACUGGUUUGGAAAAGGAUGCUGUCAGUCAGAUAAUGGAAAUACAAGAAAAAUCACAGGAAGAACUUGUAACAAUAAAUAAUGGUAUUUCUAAAGAAAUAUGGUUAGAUUUUGACGACUUCUGUGUAUGUUUUCAGAAUAUAUAUGUAUUUCACAAGCCAAGUUCUUAUUGCCUUAAUUUUCAAAAGUCAGAGUUUAAGUUCUCAGAUGAACGUGUAUCCUACUAUCUGUUUGUGGACAGCCUAAAACCUAUCGAGCUCCUGGUUUGCUUUUCUGCACUGGUACGCUGGGGGGAAUCCGGAGCCUUAAUGAAAGACAGCCCUCCCAUAGAGCCAGGCCUGCUCACAGCUGAGGAGAUUUCUUGGAAGUCUCUGAGGCCACGCAGCCUUCUUCUGAGGAUCCACACGUAUGCCGCCAAGGCUGCCAUGUUGCGCCUGCCUGUCGGGAGACACAUGCUGCUCUUGACUGUGCACUCCCCAGUGGGACACGCCAUACACGUCUGCAGCAUGGUGACCUUCGUCAUUGGGGAUGAAGAUGUGGUGCUGCCCAACUUUGAGCCGGAGAGCUACCGAUUUACAGAGCAGGCUCUGCUUAUUUUGAAAGCUGUUGGAAAUGUGAUUGCUAAUUUCAGAGACAAAGCUAAAUUAUCUGUAGCUCUGAAGGAUCUACAAAUGGCUCACUACCCUGUGCCCCUCCAUGACAAAGACGUGACGACUCAGCACUUCAGGGUUUUUUAUGUUUCUUUAUGGCGUUUAAUGAAAAAAGCUCAACUGGCAAAGCCUCUUUCAAACUUCAAAUUUGCAUUCCGGGCUAUGUUCUUGGAUGCGGAAUUACUUGAUUCCUCCUUAGAGGACCUUUCUUUAGCGGAAUGGGUCGAUGCUAAAUAUCUUUUGCCAUCAAAUGACAAAGAAUAUUCUCCUGAGGAAGCGACGGCCGCAGUUAAAAUUCAAUCCCUGUGGAGAGGGGCUUACAUUAGAUCACUUAUGAAAGCCAGAAUGCCAGACACAAAGGAAAAUGUCAGUGUUGCAGAUACACUUCAAAAAGUUUGGGCUGUACUGGAAAUGAAUUUAGAACAGUAUGCAGUUUCACUCUUGAGACUAAUAUUCAAAAGCAAGUGCAAGUCUGUUGAAUCUUACCCUUGCUAUCAAGAUGAAGAAACUAAGAUUUCUUUUGCUGACUAUUCUGUGACCUAUCCAGAUCAGCCACCAAAUUCUUGGUUUAUAGUAUUCAGAGAAACAUUUUUGGUUCCUCAAGAUAUGAUUUUGGCCCCCAAAGUCUACACUACACUUCCGGUCUGUAUACUACAUGUUGUUAAUAAUGACACACUGGAACAAGUGCCAAAGGUGUUUCAAAAAGUGGUGCCUUACUUUUAUACCAAGAAUAAGAAGGGAUACACAUUUGUGGCUGAAGCCUUUACUGGAGACACGUACACAGCAGGCUCUCGGUGGAAGCUGCGCCUCAUUGGUUCUUACUCUCCACUCCCGUGCCUCUCCCGGGACUCACCCUGUAAUACCUUCGCCAUAAAGGAAAUCAGAGAUUACUACAUACCCAAUGACAAGAAAAUUUUAUUCAGGUACUCGGUUAAAGUGGCUUCGCCGCAUCCUCUCACCAUACAGGUGCGCACGUCCAAGCCCGAUGCGUUCGUCAAGCUGCAGGUGCUAGAAAAUGAGGAGGCGAUGGUGAGCGCCACCGGCAAGGGCCAAGCCAUCAUCCCGGCCUUCAACUUCCUGGGCAGCGAGAAAACCGUGAGCUCCCAGUCUAGCAAACAAGUUCUUUCAACUCACAUAACAACCAAAAAAGAGCCAGAAGCAUAUUCUAAGAAGAGAUCUGCACAGGGAAGCCAGAGAUCCUUUAAGAGCAGGCCUGGAAGUACAAUAGUAGACACUGGUCAGCCUCUGGUGGAGGAGGAAGUGGUCAGUAUGCCAUCUAUAGAAGAAAAUUCUAGCACGCCACAGCAGGGCUAUAAGUACAUCAUACAGUGCUUGGUGUUGUACAAUAGUUGGCCUCUCACUGAAAGUCAGCAGGUAUUUGUUCAAGCACUAAAGGACUUAGAGAAAAAUGAUAACAAAGCUCAUGGAGAGAAGCAUGAAGAAUUCAUUACAAUGGGAAGUCCAGAUUCCCAUACCAUCAGUGAGGGUCAAAAAUCCUCAGGAACUUCCAAAACAACAAGGAAAGGCAAAGAAAAGUCUUCAGAAAGAGAAAAGUCAACCAAAGAAAAGCAAGCACCUCGCUUUGAGCCUCAGGUACCUGCUGUUCACUCCCAACAGGAAGAUCCGAACAAACCCUACUGGAUUUUGAGACUGGUUUCUGAACACAGUGAAGCUGAAUUAUUUGAAGUGAAAAAAGACACAGAACGAGCAGAUGAAAUCCGAGCCAUGAAGCAGGCCUGGGAGACCACUGAGCCUGGGAGAGCAAUUAAGGCUUCUCAAGCUCGUUUGCUCUACCUCAACCAGAUAUUUAAGAAACCACCUGAUUUCUUUGAGAGCAUGCAUAUGCCUGAAAGCCAGAUUAAAGCUGGGGAAGAAGGUAGAUAUGAUUCUCCAAUUGAAGACAAAACCAAAGGAGAAAUGACUGCAUUUUUGAAAGAGGCAGAUACGAAGAGUCUUCAGAGACAAGACAGUAAGGAUACGAUACUAUCAGGAGGAGAAGGUAUGUUGUGGAAGAAGUGGCAACUGACCAAGGGCUUGAAGGAUCUGGCAAAAUCUAUUAGCAGUGAAAGUGGAGGAGUGCUCUCUUCAGGGAAGGAAGAGCGUGAGCAAAGUGUGAGGAAGGAAACCAUCACAGGGCCUCGGUCACGAUCCCCAACAAUUUUGGAAAUACCUACAGAAUUCAUUCGAAAAGCACUAGAAUUUGUGGACUUAAAUCAAUAUGUACGGAAAACAAAUGAUGAGGCUCUGCUGCAAACAGAUGAGCUGAAUCAGCUGCAAGCAAUGCAAAAGGCAGAAGAAAUUCAUCAGUUUCGGCAAUACAGGACCAGAGUCCUCAGCAUUAGAGAUGUAGAUCAAGAAGAGCGGACCAAGUUAAAAGAUGAAGUCCUGGACAUGUAUGGAGAAAUGCGGGACUCCUUAGAUGAAGCCCGACAGAAGAUCUUCACUAUCCGGGAAGAGUACAGAAAUAAGUUGCUGGAAGCUGAGCGCCUGAGAUUGGAAGCGUUGGCUGCUCAGGAGGCAGCAAUGUGGGCGGAGCCAGAGAAGAAGGCCCCGGCUCCUGAUGCAAAGACAAAGAAGAAAGGAAAGAAGAAGUAACCAGGAGAUGCCCAGAACCUCCCUUUUUCUGUAGAGAAGAAAUAUGCUUAAUGAUCUAGGACUUUGCCUGUCGAUAAAAUAUCAGGGUAAUUGAAAAUAGAAAUUUCUCUUAGAAAUGGUUCCUAAUAUUAAUAUGUUGGUAUUAAAGUUAGUAUUGGAAAUUAUUAGAGCUUAAAAUGCUCUAAUUCAGCAAAACUGCUAAAAAAUGCAGAUCAUAAUAAAAAAAUUCUUAGAAAGUUAGCAUUUGAAAUUGUUAUAGCUUAAAAUGUUCUAAUUUCAGUAAAGUUGCUAAUG